GAUGAAAGACGAAAGGAACAUUCAAGAACUAAAGAGAACGGCUGAAAUAUUUAGAGGUGUUGGCCAGCAAACGUUUCAAAAGAGAGAAAUGGAACUAUACGAGUUAUCCAUGUUAAGUGGCGCUCUAAUCCCGCCACACGUUUUCGACCAUUUAAAUGAAUUGUUAAAACGCAACUUUGAACCAGCGGUAAUAGCGAAGGUUAUACUACUGAUGUGUAAUAGCAGUCGGCGUGUCAAUCCUCCAAAAUCUAAAGAAACUUUGGGUGAUAAAUAUAACUCUUGGCAGCUAACUUCUAAAGCUACAGAAGUGAAAGCUCAAGAAACGAGGAAAACCCCUUUGUCGGACAGUUAUACGACAACGCGACGAGAAGAUGUAAGAAGAGCCGCAAAAAUAUCUCAUAAUAAACAAGCGGCCAAAGCAGAUAGCCCGGUUGGUUUAGCGUUGGCAUUUAAGAUGAGGCAGACUAUGGAAGAGAAGAAAGAAAAGCAGCCUCAAUCGAUCGAUCUUGUGGGUAUUCGAAAGAACCUAGCCUCGUACCCUAGCGAAGAUAUUUGA